CCGAGAGGCGAGCGGUAGUCGCGGCGUCUCGGCACUUCUCACUGUACCAUCACUGUAUGACAGACUGGACCGAUAAACAGCUGCUGCUGCAUCGAGCAGACACAUUAUAUAGACUCAUUUGUGUGUGUGUACUUAGGUAGUUUUUCAUUCCACGGGGUGCUUGAUCUCGUCACAAUGACAGCCCUGUCGCUGCUUUUGGUGGCCUUGUCGGCCGCUUCUGCCCUGGCCGAGUCCACUGUGUAUUUCCGAGAGCAAUUUGAAGACGGGGAUGCCUGGACGAGUCGCUGGGUGGAAUCCAAGCACAAGUCAGACUAUGGCAAGUUUGUCCUGACGGCGGGGAAGUUCUAUGGAGAUGCAGAGAACGACAAAGGUCUGCAGACCAGCCAAGAUGCCCGCUUCUACGCCUCGUCAGCCCGUUUUGAUGAUUUCAGCAACCAGGGCCAGCCUCUAGUCAUCCAGUUCACUGUGAAACAUGAGCAGAGCAUUGACUGUGGUGGUGGCUACAUCAAACUGUUCCCCUCUGACCUCAGCCAAGAAGACAUGCAUGGAGACUCUGUCUACAACAUCAUGUUUGGUCCUGAUAUCUGUGGCCCUGGCACAAAGAAGGUUCAUGUCAUCUUCAACUACAAAGGCAAGAACCAUCUGAUCAACAAAGAUAUCAGAUGCAAGGAUGACGAGUACAGUCACUUGUACACGCUGAUUGUCAACCCUGACAACACUUACGAGGUCAAGAUCGACAAUAAAAAGGUUGAGUCGGGCAAUCUGGAGGAUGACUGGGACUUCCUGCCUCCCAAAAAAAUUAAGGACCCUGAAGCCAAAAAGCCAGAGGACUGGGACGACAGGGAGAAGAUUCCUGACCCUGACGAUAAGAAACCAGAGGACUGGGACAAGCCUGAGAACAUCCCAGAUCCUGAUGCUAAGAAGCCUGAUGACUGGGAUGAUGAGAUGGACGGUGAAUGGGAGCCACCUAUGGUCACCAACCCUGAUUACAAGGGUGAAUGGAAACCCAAAGAAAUCGACAACCCUGCCUACAAGGGCAAGUGGAUCCAUCCUGAGAUUGACAAUCCAGAGUACACAGCCGAUUCUGAGAUCUAUAAAUACGACAGCAUUGGUGUGAUUGGACUGGACUUGUGGCAGGUCAAGUCUGGAACUAUUUUUGACAACUUCCUGAUCACCAAUGACCCAAACCUGGCAGAGGAAAUAGGCAACGACACAUGGGGUAAAACUAAGGAUGCAGAGAAGAAGAUGAAGGAAAGCCAAGAGGAGGAGGAGAGAAAGAAACGUGAGGAGGAGGACAAGAAGAGGAGAGAGGAGGCAAAGGAGGAGGAUGAGGAGGAAGAGGAGAAAGAUGAGGAGGAGGAGGAAGAUGAAGAGGAGGGUGAAGAGCAGGAGGAGGAGGACGAGGAGGAGGAUGAAGGCACAGACUCUAAACUCAAGGAUGAGUUAUAAACGUCAUGCAGGAACUGCUCAGAAAAGAACCUGACUGUCUGAGUCAGUGAGCCAUUGGAACAAGGCUGGUGACUGAGAUGAUAGACCCUCAUGGCUGACACCCUGGGGAGGGGUUGGGUGGGAUGCGGUUUUUCAUUUGUUUGUUUGUUUACAAAGCAAGGGAAUAGGUGAAAAAGGGCAAUCGCUGUUCUGUUUCCUGUUUCCAUGUGCUACUACUAUUAUUAUUAUUAUUAAAUUAAGAAUAGUAAUAGAAAAGAAUGAAGAUGUCAUAACAAAUGUCAAGACCGGAAACUAUAAAACUAAAUUGUUCUUCAGUUGUACCCACCAAAAGUACAUGAGCUGUUAUUUCUGUUUUUCAAAAAUCUGGGUUUUAAUGAAGUAUAAUGUUAGGGUGACAUGAAAAGCUAUGUUUGGUAUGUGGAUGAUGCAAAUGCAAAUGUUUUGUUUACCUCAUGUGUUUUGUUUGUCUUAUUAAUCUGUCACAUCUUUUUGUUUUUGUUAAAGUUUUUGUAGUGAGUCUCAAGUUCCCCUUCACGUUGAUCUCAAAGGAUUCAACAGGGGUACACGUCGUUAUACUGGAUAUUCUGUCUGCUCUUAUUUUAAACUCCUCUGAUUCAAACAAGGGUUAAUGUUACUGGCACAAGCGUGCAUAAGGACUAACACUAUAUAUUUGAGAACCUGUAAAAACAAAAAAAAAAACAACAAAAACAAACAACUUAGGAUCGGAUGGUCA